CUCAUUUCUUAGUUGCAAUGAUUCCCCCCACAUUGAGUAUAAAACAAGUAAGCAGUGGGUUUCGCGUGUACUCUCCCGGCAAGGUCAAGAGCGGCGAGUCAUUGCUCUGCGUGUGCGCAUACUUGCGCUGUGCUUACUUGGGACCCGAGCUUAGCGAUCAAAAUGGGACGAAUAUCACCAAUAUUAAUAGCCUUCCUUUUCGGCCUAACAGCCCAAACUAUAGCCAGCAGUGAUGAUAGAUUUAUUAAGAAAUAUGCAAUGAUGAAGAUUUAUGAAAGUUGCUUUGGUCCGGAAGUGGUCAAACAAAUAAGACGAGAAAUGAAAGACGCGUAUGCAAAAUGCUCUACACCGCCAUCUUUUGAGGAACCACCGAACCAACAGAUACCUUCUAUAUUGUUCGGCAAACUGCCACCAGGCUUCGCAAUAGACCCGAGCACGCAAACCAUAACAAAGCCAACAGAUGGCGCUGUACAUAAUCAAGAAAAUGAAUUGCCGAAUCAAGAAAAAUUGCACACUCAAAAAAUUCCAUUCAACGUUUUACCACUAAGGUCACAAUCGCCAUUCCCACCACAACCGAUUCCUCCAUAUAUGAUUCCCAAUCCCCAAUUCCGGCCAUUCAGCGCUGCCUCCCCCUUCUACCAAGUCCCUUACAACCCGAUGCUGUACCCCCCAGGAUUAUACAAUCCCUAUGCCUACCAGCAACCUGUGCCUCAAGGGUUUUAUCAACAACCAUACUUCGCAACUAACAGGAUGUCUCGGGACUUGGACCUGCGCGACCGCCUCGACAUGAUCUCCCGGCCCAGCGCUGGCAAGGUCCGUAACAUCACGUGCGUGAUGCAGGAGCUCGGCUACAUAGACCACAACCUGGAGCCGAACUACGAGCAGAUUACGCAGAGAAUCAGCAACCUGCCCGUGGCCAGCGACCUGAAGGGCGACAUACAGGACGGCUUGCAGUUCUGUCAGAAGUUCUCGCAAUGUGUGCCAGACCUCAAACGUGACGUGGCGCCUUUAUCCCAAGAACUAAUAAAGCCCAUGUUCUUCUUCAGAUGUUAUAAGCACAAGAAGUUAGAAGCGUGUAUAAUGAAAGACAUUCGCGAGAGGUUUACAAGCGAAGAUGAUCUGGAGACUGAUGGAGAUUUUAGGUCAUUGGGCAGAUCUUCAAGGUCUGUGAGGGACGAAACCCUGAAUGACCCCAGAUUCGACGCUCUCGACGAAAUGGCGGUAUAUUUAUAUGACUACCUCAGUGGAGGGAACGGUCUCGACUAUGACUUAUAUUUGUAAUUUUCAUCCGUCAUUUUCAUACUAUCAAAAUUAUGAAAAACCUACCUUACCUUUUUUGAUAAUACAGCCGAAGUUUUCAUAAAAUAACGGUUGACUAGCGGUCUGUCAGGUAAAUAAAUUUACAAAAUUUAAAUUAAGACAACUGUCAAAAAUUGACAAUUUUAUCACAGACUACAUUUUUUAUUGAGUCCAUCCAACGAAAUACUCCAUAAAUUUAAUUUAAUAAUAAAUAGAUUAUUUAGUUCUAGGAAUUGUACUGAUAGAGAUGUUUAAGAUUAAUUUUGAUUAAAUUAUUAUGUUUAGUUUACAUGAGUUAAAGUAGAAAUGUAGAUAUAGUUUGGAACCUAUUUUGAAAUAACUGACAUAUCAUUUUAAACACCAUUUACAUUUCAUAUUUAGUAAUAUCCUGUUUUAAAGUCUGAAUAUAUAUGUAUUUCUCUUUUAUGUGCAAUUUAAAACGUAUUCUGCUCUGAAUAAGGUUCAAUAAUUUUUCGUUACUAUAAUUUUAGCUGCAUAAGUAAGAUUGAAUAAAUACACAGUAUACGAUUGCGAAUAUAAUUCUGAAAUCAAUAAUAUCUUUUCUCUUAUUAGCUUUCUCAUUAUUCCGUGCUCUAUUAUUUUGAAACAUUUUUAUCUAAAUACUAAUAUUUUAUUAUUUAAGGCUAAAUAGAUGCUCAAAAUGUCUAGAGUUACGUCGUAAAUUUAUUUUUAAGUUGAAUGCUGCUUACAAGCACAAAUAUUAUGUUAAAUGUAUUCCUUUAUAUUAAUUAAAUACUCAUAGAAAUAACAGAUACGUAUAGAUCAUAUCUAUAAUAAUACGUGUUUGUGUAUGAAGUGUUAAUGACUUGCACUUAAAAAUAAUUUUAUAGAAAAAGUAAAUUUAUUUUUGGGUCCUUUGGUUAUAAGGGUUGAAGUGUUUGCUGUGAUAAUAUAAAGAGUGAUUAAAAUACAUUCCACUUAUUCUAGAUUAUUUGAUAAUAUUUGUUUUUAUUUAAGGUUAUUUAUCAUGUCAUUUAUGAAAUAAAUACGAAGAUAUAUGAUUAUCAAUUAAUAUAAAUUUAUCUAUAAAGUUUCCUACACUUCUAAUAGUAAAAUUUACCUAUAUUAUACAGCAAACAAUAAGUUCUUAUCAAACAAGCAUAUUCUUAGCUUUUUUGGUAACAACGUAGGUACUUUUAGGUAGUUGUAUUUUAUUUUUAUUAUUGCAUUUAGUAGACUUAAGGUUUGAAAUACUCAUACUAUAAAAUAUUUGAAAUAAACGUUUAAAACGUU